AUGCGGAUCUGGCGGCCGAUAACUGCAACUUUCUUCUUCCCAGUGGGACCCGGAACAGGAUUUCUCUACUUGGUGAAUUUGUAUUUCUUGUACCAAUAUUCAUCACGAUUAGAAACAGGGGCUUUUGAUGGAAGACCAGCAGAUUACAUGUUCAUGCUGCUCUUUAAUUGGAUCUGCAUUGUUAUAACUGGCUUGGCAAUGGACAUGCAGUUGCUGAUGAUCCCACUCAUCAUGUCAGUACUUUAUGUGUGGGCCCAGCUGAACAGAGACACGAUUGUAUCAUUUUGGUUUGGAACAAGAUUUAAGGCCUGUUACCUUCCAUGGGUUAUUCUGGGAUUCAACUACAUCAUUGGUGGAUCAGUCAUCAAUGAGCUGAUAGGAAAUCUGGUUGGACACCUGUAUUUCUUCUUAAUGUUUAAAUAUCCAAUGGAUUUGGGAGGAAGGAAUUUUCUGUCCACACCUCAGUUCCUGUACCGCUGGCUGCCAAAUAGGCGAGGAGGAGUGUCGGGGUUUGGUGUCCCACCCGCUAGCAUGAGAAGAGCUGCAGAAGAUCAGCAGGGUGGUGGAAGACACAACUGGGGCCAAGGUUUCCGGCUAGGUGACCAGUGAAGAACUCCUGCCCUUGGAAAACAGCAACUCUUGGGUUAUAAUUGGACGUAGGACCGACCCUUCCUGGUGCAGAGCAUGCUUAAGAACUGAGCUCUCUGUAGUACUGUUGGAUUUAACUGAUUAGGAUGUUUCUGGUUCAAGUGAAAAUUAAAAACUGCAGAAGGGAAAAAUGUAGAUCUUGGUCUGGGUUAGCCAGUAGUGUCCAAUUUGAUUCUGCCAUUAAAAAAAGCCUUCUUUAUACAGUAUUGUCUGUCUGUCACAACGGGCAUCCAUUAUGCCGUCUUGUUCCGUGAUGUGAUGGAACAAGCUAAUGGUGUUCUGUGUUGCCUGGUAUGUUAAAAGCUUUGCUGACCGUGAUAAGGUAAGAAUCCAGUGUGAGGUAGAUGGAUCAAACUAACCCCAAAGUUUAGGAAGCUGACUCUUUCCAUAGCUGUGCUUAAGUCCCAGGGUCUUUGGAAACAUUUAAGUGAUAUCUCUCUGAUGCAUUCAUAAAGCAAAGUGCAAAUGUUUAAUUUCCAUUAUUAAGCUGUAUUUUGAGGGGAGUUUUUUCUUGCUGUGCAGCAUUUGUCCUACCUGUUACAGCAUAGGAUGGGCAAGACAAAUGAUAAGAGGGCUAUCAUUUGAAAUGGCAAUAAACAGAUAUUCAUACAAUUGAAACCUCUGAACUCUUCAUGGCAUGUUACAAGGCUUGCUCUGUUUAAAGUGAAGUUGUCUGGCUUGUUUUUUUUCUCCUGAGAUCUGUGAAUUCUUGGCUUCAAGAUUUCAUUUUGAUUGCAAAAUUGGGUAGCACAAAUAUUACUUAAACUAGAAAAUGUAACAUAUCAUUGUGAUUAAUGUAAAGGGUACUGACUACAGCAUUAUGUUUGUUAACUGAAGCUUCAACUUUCUUAAAAGCUUUAAGACAUCGAAGAAUCAAAGCUGGAAAUAAACUUUUGGCAGGGUCAUGAUACAAUAGAACAGAUUGC